AUGGAGGGCGUUCAAGAAUUCCCCGCCAUGAUUACCCAAGCGCCGGCGAUGAAGCCGAAACUGUUGCCUCUAAGAUGGCCCGGCACAUUAGCCCAGCUGAACCCGAUACCACACAAGUACCGCUCCGCCCGGAAGUUGCGCCUGCAGCUACGAGGAUCCAAAAGCCAUAACCAACCCGAUGACAUCACAAAACUGCAGAGGUCGUUUGAUGUGUUGAAGUCGAUGAGGGCGUUGCGCUCGAGGAGGUGGACUAUUUGGGACUUGCAACACCCCAUGACGUUUGGGUUUAUUCUUUUUUCGCUGGCGAUCCUACCGUCGGCGCCGUUUAUUAAGACUGGGGUGCUGGUCGUGCUCGGGUUGCUGCUCCUGAUGCCGGCUACACAGCAGUUCUUUCUGCCAUCAUUGCCGAUAUGGACGUAUCUGCUUUAUUUCUUCGCGAGCCGAUUUAUCGGUGCUGAAUAUCGGCCGCAUAUCUGGGUGAAAGUGCUCCCUGCGCUCGAAAACGUUAUGUACGGCGCAAAUCUUUCCAACAUCCUCUCGGCCCACACCCACGCCGUCCUCGAUGUCAUCGCCUGGGUACCCUACGGCCUCGGCCACUUUGCGCUACCCCUGAUCUGCAGCAUCUUCAUGUUCCUUUUUGCCGCCCCGGGAACCACCCCGGUCUUCGCCCGCGCCUUUGGCUACAUGUCGAUGCUCGGCGUCACCAUCCAGCUCGUCUUUCCCUGCACACCGCCCUGGUAUGAGAAGCUUCACGGCUUGGAGCCGGCGCACUACGGCAUGGAGGGGUCUCCCGCAGGCCUGCGCCGUAUCGACGAGCUGUUUGGUGUCGACAUGUACACGACGAGUUUCACCACCGCUCCCGUGCCCUUCGGUGCCUUCCCCAGCCUCCACGCCGCCGACGCCAUCCUCGAGGCGCUCUUCAUGCAGUACUGCUUCCCGCGCUUCCGGCCCUUUUUCAUCUUCUACGCCGUCUGGAUCUCGUGGUCCACCAUGUACCUCAACCACCACUACGCCAUUGACCUCGUAGGCGGCGGAAUCUUCGCCGCGGUCGCCUACUAUAUCGCGCGCACCAAAUUCCUCCCGCGCCCGCAGCUCGACAAGUCGACCCGCUGGGAGUACGAGUACGUCGAGCACGGCGACCGCCCCCGCUCCCUCGACGAGGAGCACGGCCUCGGAUACGGCCUCGGGCUGCUGCGGCGCCCGGGCACCGGCGAUAGUGACGAGUGGACGCUCGGCAGCAGCUCGAGCUUCGACUCCAUGAGCCGUGGCGACACCCUCUGCGGCAGCAGCAGUUCGACCCCCGGCAUCCUGAGCCCCACCACCCCGAGCGAUGAUCACUACGACGUCUGGACCAAGGCGCGGUUCGGACCGGCGAAGGAGGGCGAGGGCGGCGAGUCGUUUGCCGGGCGCUGA